AUGACUCAAUAUCUUGAUGAUAUUAAACGAUGUGUUCUUGAUAUUGGUUAUGUACAAAGUAUUUAUGGACAUCCAUUAUAUUUUGAUUUAAAUCAAAUGACAUCGAGCGAAACAAUGAAAGCUCGAAUAGAACGACAAGUAAUAAAUUUUGUUAUUCAAGCAUCUGCUUGUGAUAUAAUGAAAGUGGCCAUGGAACGCAUUAAUCAAACAUUAGAUCGAAUGUUUCCUUUUGAUUUAAAAAUUCGUCCAACACCUAUUCGACCAGUUUAUCUUGUUUUACAAAUUCAUGAUGAAUUAAUAUUUGAAAUUGAAAUAAAUUUACGUACAAAUGAAAUUAUUAAUAUAAUUCGUCAUGUAAUGGAAAGAAAUGAUCAUAUUAAUUUAUUACUACCAGUACAAAUUAAAUUGGGUGAUAAUUGGGAAUCAAUGAUAUCCGUUCAAUCAAGAAAUCGAUAUUUUUGA